AUGACAGUGGCUACCAUGGAGCAUAUGCAUGACGAGCACUUAUUGCCCGAAAGAUCUGCAAAGGAUGAGAGGCCCGCAAAACGACAGCGGACUUCAGCGCAACUGGCGCGUGAAGUCGGCUUGAUGCGAAACCCCACGGACAGAUUAACAGGCUUUGUCGGCAGUGCCAGUGGAAUAUUCUUCAUCAGAUCAGUCUACGGUGCUAUCAAUCAUUCUCGGCCAGUAAAUUCUGACGUGGUGCAAACACCCAUAAGUGAUAUAGUACCAGGCGAAGAUGACCAUCUACCGUUGGUAAAACCCAAUUCAUCUGAGCGAUUAUGGAAGGAAACUGAGAUCAUUCUCGAUACACCUACUCAAAUAUCGUUUCAGGAGAUGUUCGCUUUCUCGGCGAGCUAUUUUGCAAAUUGGCACCCGUUCCACCCAUUCCUGCACGCACCGACUGUCCUAGGGUAUUUUGACGAGUUCGCACGUAGAGGUAUUCCACGAGACAAUUCUCUCGGAGAUCUUCGCAUGGUGGUACUUCGAGCAAUCCAUUCCACCUCUCUCGCAGAUCACAGACAAUCAAAUGGAUAUGAUUGUAGGCAGUAUCCUGCCUGUCUCGUCUUCCUCACGUAUGAGUCUGCUCUAGACAGUCUCCAGGCCAUACUAUCACGCCCUACGACCAUACUCGCAUUGCAAGCAGCUUUGAGUGUACAAAUAUUCCUUGUGUCCAUGCUUCGUCUGAAUGCUGCUUCCCGUGUGGGUGGACUCAUCACACGUAUGGCUGUGCAACUAGGCCUUCAUCGUUGCCCAGCUCGCUUUUCGGCAUUUUCUCCAGAUGAAAGAGAGCUUCGACAACGCGUUUUCUGGUCAAUCUAUGCCAUGGACCGCUUUCUCAGCCAAUCUAUGGGCCUCCCGCUGAGUCUUCAUGAUUACGACAUUGAUGUAUGCUUUCCGCUCACGGAACAUCACGUAGAAGCCCAGUCGGAACACAAAAACCAGCUACACCUACUUCACCUUCUCGCUCAGCAAGCCAGAAUUCGCGGCGAGAUUAUAGAACUUCGCAACAAAUCGGUACACUUUGUUCAGAACGACCCAACUCGAGCGACCGCGAUCACUGCAAAACUCAGCCAAUGGUGGAAUGACGUAGAGGACUACAUCGACCCAGAUGGGCCCCAUAGAGCUUCUCAGUAUGCUACUAUGGUUCUAACGCUGCUUAAGCAUGAAUCAGUCAUUUCAUUCUACCGUCCUGCUUUAGCAGCAUCGCGUAAAGAUGUAGAAUAUGACGUGGCACUUCAAAAAUGCAUUGGAUCUGCCCGUAGUAUCAUUUCCACCCUCUACAAUGCUAUGAAGCCCGAAUCUGGUCGAGUCGAAGCAUCGUCACGAUCUCUGUCAUUACUAUGGCCUUCUUGCACCUGGGCGGUGUGGAUCAGCACAUUUAUCCUCUUCUAUGCGGCGAACGGGAAGCAUAUCGCUGAGGCUCUUGUUACACGGCUGUCGGAGAAAAGCUUGCAAAUACUUGAGCAUCUUUCUCGGCGUGGAAGCGCAUGGCCGGAGGCGAGCUCUGCCGCAAUACGCGACUUACGUGCUCGCAUGUCU